AGAAGGAAUGUCCUAGAAACUAAAUACUUAUAAGUUUUAGUAUAACAAUUGUUUACACUUCGUGCACCAGAUAAGUAUCAGAGUUGCGGAAAACCUUGGCUGGGGCCAAUUUUCAUAAUUCUCAAUAACGGAAGAAAAACAAAGGUGUUAUUGGAGGGUGUGUGACUGACAGCCUGAAGCCUCGCUCGCUCGUUUAUGGCAUUACAAACGUUGGUGGAGGAACGUUUGCCGUGUUGUGAAGCUAAGAACUAAAUAGAGUGGUUCCUGGUACCGCCACCUGCCACCUCCAUCACAAUAAACCAGACGUGGGCUCUCAUGCGUGCCAGAGGUCACUUGAUUCUGUUUUCUACUCUCAUCACUAACUCUACGAGGGUUGUGUGAAUGAAAGUAUCGGCAACGAGUUUAACAAAAUAUGCGGUGAAGUCUACAGAGAAUUGUUGGUAGAACAUUCUAAGAAAUAUACUUCAAAACCGGCGCCUACACAAAAUACAAAUCUCGUCUCCUAUUGGUUAAAAGUUUGGAUCUUAUUCCUGUGCAAUGGUGCCAGAUCUCCAAAACAUCACUGUAGUGUAGUAUUUUUGUUUAAAUGUGCAUGCGUAGCUAUCUUACAUAUUGUACUUUGAAUUUUUAUUGUAAAUAUUGUAAUUUUACUCUAACGAUAUAAUUUAAAACCUUAACAAUAGAUAAUUAAAGCACUGAUGUUCGUAAGUAUGGCACCAGUGUAGCUUAACAGUUCUCGGAAUCAACCAAUAGAGCUUCGAGUCGCCAUUCUGUGAAAUCGAUGAUGUCACCACUAGCCAAUAGGAGCGCUGGAAAGUGACGUGAUGUUUCUAUUUUUAGAAAAUGACAAAAUCGUAUAAGAUCUGCUCUCUCCCACCAGAUGACUCAUAUAGCCACGAGACAGCAGUGAGGGUGGCUGUGCGCCAUACUCGCUAGUGGUGAAUAAGCCUGUGCCUCAUAAGUGAGUCCGUCCGAUAAGUGACUCAUCGUGCUUCACCCACGUGCCAAGAACUGAGUGUUGUUUGUUGACAGACUAAGUUAUGGAGGCAACCAUGUAUGAAGACGGAUCAUACGCUAACUACUCGAGGGAAAGCCUCACCCAGAUGAAGCGUAGACUUACACUGGAUCUUAACAACAGACCAUCCAAGAAACAACGACCUGGGGGAAACUUCAACCCUCUUCUAACCUCCCCUGACCUGAACCAGCUGAAGUUAGCCUCCCCUGAGCUGGAGAGACUCAUCAUUCAGCAAGGUAGCACCAUCCUAGGUAAUGCUUCCACCACCCCGUCGCAGUUUUUCUUCCCGACCAAGACAGCCACCGUAGAGGAGGAGGAAUUCGCUAAGGGCUUCGAGGACACGUUGGAGCAGCUGCACCACCAGGAUGCCAUCGCCGUCAGCAGCAGCAGCAACGUGGUGGUGACCAGCGUGGCACCUCCGGUCUCCUCAGCAGGGUUGCAAUACACCCAGCUGGACGUGCCCCUACAUCACGCCCAUCACGCCCAUCAGCAGGUUCCAGUCACCUCUACCGCGGGCGUGAGUCUAUCAGAUCACCAGCACCAUGUGCCUGCGCACCUGGGACUCCUGCAGUCUGCGCACAUCAAGGAGGAGCCCCAGACGGUGCCUAACGUGCCUGGCUCUCCGCCUCUCUCCCCCAUCAACAUGGAAUGCCAGGAACGCAUCAAACUGGAACGUAAGAGACUCCGUAACCGCAUCGCGGCGUCCAAGUGUCGCCGACGGAAGCUGGAGAGGAUCGGCCGUCUGGAGGAGAAGGUACGGAGUCUUAAGAUGGAGAAUGGCGAGCUUCAGGCAGUGGUAAACAAACUACGGGACCAGGUGUGUUCUCUCAAACAGGAGGUGAUGGAGCACGUUAAUUCUGGGUGUCAAAUACCCUUUGUAACGCACCAGUGAGGUGAAGGGUAGCACCCCUUGACGCCCAUCCACGCCCGCACGCCCAUCUUGGCCUUAUGUGCGUGUUUGUGUAGCCCUCGCGCGAGGCUAGCGCCCUGGCCCUCCUUAGAGCCACCUCUGGCAGGCUGUACGCGCUCAUUUAAUGCCAUUUUUUUCGAGUGACAUGUGGUAGUGGUGGUGUCCGUGACAAGACACCAGCAGCCACGAGGUAUGGGUGUGGGCGUGCGGGCGGGGCUCGCUGGAGCAUCCUUGUGGCGAGGCUGAGGGCCAAUGUACCGGGGUUGCUCUAGUCAAGUGAGUUGUGGAAGUGCUCACAGCGCCAUUAUGUGCCCCACGCCCACCCUGCGCCCACGGCACGCCCGCCACCAGCCCAUGGCAUGCAAGCGGAGCCCACACCCGCGUUGCCCACACCACGCCCACACCGCGCCCAUGGCAUGCAAUUGACACCCAUCCCACGCCUGCGACGCCCACGCCUAAUGUGAUAAGUGCCGCGUGUAUGCAAAGAAAAAAAUGUGCUAAAUACUUCCAUUUGUUAUAUUACUGCAGUGCUUUAUCUCUUACAGACACGAAUGAGAGGUAAUUGUUAUUUCUGGAACACCCUGUCGCAACCUAUACAUAAAUAUAUAUACAGUAUAAAUAUAUAUAUAUUUUCGUUGGUUUCACAGUUAUUGCUGUUUCAUAUUUCUUUUAUGCAGUUUUGAUGUACAAGGUCAGUGAUAUCGUUCUAAGUCAUGUGAGUUACGUACAUUUGUGUUGUAACAAAGUAUUAGCGUGUUACGCAAGAGACUACGAAUGUACUUUUAUAUAAAUUAUGUAUGUAUAUUUUAUAUGCAAAGAAAACUAUAUCUUGAUUUAUGCAAAAAAAUGCGCAAAGCAAGACUUUUGUAUGAAGAAUUUUCUUAUUUAUAAAAGAAAAAACCUUA